AACUCAGCAGUUAUCCUUGUACUCCUGAAUUUAGUUCCCAAAAUUAAUGAACUCUAUUAUGGCUUUCCUCUUUUCUUGUCUUGUUAUAUCUCUGAUUACCUCCACCAUCUCUUUUUCUAGUAACGAGACCGAUUAUCAGGCUUUAUUGAAGUUCAAGUCAAUGAUCAGGAAUGAAGAAGCUCUAAGCUCAUGGAACGCUUCCUCUCAUUUCUGUGAUUGGAGUGGUGUUUCAUGUGGGAAACGUCACAGAAGAGUGAUUGCUGUAGUACUGAAGUCGUGGGGCCUACAAGGCGUGCUGUCUCCUUAUGUAGGGAACCUCAGCUUCCUUCGUCUGUUUUCUCUAUGGAACAACAGCUUUCAAGGAACCAUCCCUCAUCAACUCGGCCAUCUAUCCAGGUUACGUUUCCUGCAACUUAGCUAUAACAACUUCACGGGAGUCAUUCCAACCAACUUAUCUGGUUGUUCUAAACUUGAAAAGCUUGGACUUAAAAAUAACAAGCUAGUUGGAAGCAUACCAGAAGAGAUCAGUUUCCUCUCCAAACUUAAUUUUAUUUCAGUUAGUUAUAACCAGUUAACAGGUGGAAUCCCGCCUGCCUUGGGGAAUAUAACAUCGAUGGAAGUGUUUGAUGUAACGAAUAAUCCGUUGGGUGGGAGCAUUCCGGACACCUUAGGAAAUUGGAAAUUUUUAACAGAAUUUUACUCAGGUGCUUGUAACUUAUCUGGAACCAUCCCUCCUUCCAUUUUUAACCUCUCACUCCUAACCAAUUUUUCCUUGGCUGAGAAUCAGCUUACCGGUAGUCUUCCCUCAGCCUUAGGUGAAAUGCUCCCGAAUCUUGUACGCCUUCAAUUACGGAAUAACCAACUGACUGGACCUCUUCCAACCUCGAUAUCUAAUUGUUCGAAACUAGUAGACAUUCAACUGAGCUACAACAAUUUUAGUGGGAAGUUGAAUAUCAACUUUGAAAAACUAAAAAAUAUCUAUAGAAUACACUUGGGUGAUAACACCUUUGGAGUCGGAUCAGAAUCAGAUGAUAUGCAGUUUAUUAAUACUUUAAAAAACUGCAGCAGAUUAGUUUCGUUGGAUCUUCAUAAUUGCAAGUUUCAAGGAGCGUUGCCCACAUCAAUUGGUAAUCUAUCUGAUCAAUUUCGUAGACUAGUUCUAAGAGGAAAUCAUUUAUAUGGAAACCUCCCUUCAAGUAUAGGUAAUCUAGUUGGCUUGACCCAACUAGAUUUAGCAGAUAACCAUUUCAACGGAGAAAUCCCCUCUACGAUCGGUAAGCUUUACAAGCUACAAGAAGCUUAUCUAUUUGAGAACCAAUUUUCUGGGCCAAUUCCAGAUGCCAUCGGGAACUUAUCAUUGUUAAAUAGACUUGCUUUAGAUUCCAACAGAUUGGAAUGGCAUAUUCCAUCAAACCUGGGAAAUUGUCAUAAUCUAUUGGAGUUGUGGCUUAAUGAUAAUACACUCAGCGGCACAAUACCUAAAGAACUUCUUCAAAUUUCAUCUCUAACCGUUAUGUUAAAUCUUUCUCAAAAUAGCCUGUCCGGGUCACUUCCAACAGAGGUUGGCGAACUCAAGAUGUUGACUUCUCUAGAUUUGUCUAAUAAUAAUUUUUCAGGUAACCUUCCUAGUAGCCUUGGUAGUUGCACUAGCCUUUCGUUCUUAUCCCUCAAAGGCAACUUCUUUAUGGGCAUGGUACCCUCAUCAUUAAGUUCCAUGAAAGGAGUUAAGACACUCGAUCUUUCCCAUAAUAAGUUAUCAGGAAGUGUUCCUCGAUUCUUGGAAGGGUUCUCAUUUGAAUAUGUAAACCUUUCCUUUAAUGAUUUUGAAGGUGAGGUACCGGUGAGAGGAGUGUUUGCCGAUGCUAGUACGUUCUCUGUUUUGGGGAAUAGCAGGCUUUGUGGUGGCUUGGCUGAACUUGGGUUGCCCAUGUGCAAGGAGACAUGGAAAAAUAAAAAACGGCUUCCUUUAUUCGUAAUAGUCAUUAUUAUUGCAUCCACCCUUCUCAGUAUUUUAUUUUUUACGUAUGCUUGGUGCAAGAAAAGGAAGGGCCAACCCUCCCAAUCAUCAAGAGAUGAACGCUUUAUGAGAAUAUCAUACGGUCAACUUCUCAAGGCCACCGAUGGAUUCUCCGAAGCCAACUUGAUUGGAGAGGGUGGGUUUGGCUUUGUCUAUAAAGGAAUCCUAGAUCAUGAUCAUAAUAGAAUCGUUGCAGUUAAAGUCCUUCGUCUUCAAAACCGAGGUGCUCACAAAAGCUUUAUAGCGGAGUGUGACGCAUGGCGGAGCAUUCGACACCGGAAUCUAUUGAAGAUAAUAACUUCAUGUUCAAGUGUUGACUUUCAAGGAAAUGACUUCAAAGCUUUGGUAUACGAGUUCAUGCCCAAUGCAAGUUUAAAUGACUGGUUGCAUUCACGUGAAAGUACAUCCAAAUUAAACCUUCUCCAAAGAACAAAUAUUCUCAUCGAUGUCGCAUCUGCACUUGAUUAUCUUCACAAUCAGUGCCUACCACCCAUCGUUCACUGCGACUUAAAGCCUAGCAAUAUUCUACUGGAUGAUGAUAUGGUGGCCCAUGUUGGGGACUUUGGUUUAGUUCGAUUUCUUGGAACAAAUUCAAACCAAAACAAUACAAGUGGCAUUAGAGGAACAAUUGGGUAUGCACCACCAGAGUAUGGUGUUGCGAGUGAGAUGACAAGUAGUGGGGAUGUCUACAGCUUCGGAAUACUAUUGUUGGAGGUGAUGACAGGAAAAAGGCCGACAGACAACAUCUUUAGGGAAGGUCUAAGUCUUCAUAAGUUUGCACAAAUGGCAUUGCCAAACCAUGUAACCGAUGUUAUUGAUGACAACCUUCUGAAUUUUCUUCAAGAGGAUGCUAUUGCUACGCAACAUACGAUAGCAAAGGCAAAGCAAAUAGAGGAAUGCCUGGCUUUGACGGUCAAGAUUGGAGUAUCAUGCUCUGUGGAUUCCUCACGACAUCGGAUGAACAUCCAAAAUGCUGUCCGUGAGUUGCAGCAUAUUCUAGAUACACUUCGAAAAAUAUUCGAGGUGUCUUAUUAGUCAAACUUUUGGGUGUUAAUUAGUUGUUAAAAAUUGAUGUAUUUGUGUAUGUGAUGAACCUUGCAUUUCGGUGGAGUAAAAUGUGAAUUAAAAUUGAAAUAAAGGUAUUAUUUUUGAAAGUAUUAUGUUCUUUUAA